AUGUCCCGAAUGUUGGACGUCUUGCAAGCUUUCCUUUCAUAUCACGGGUAUCAGUAUUUUAGACUAGAUGGCACAACCGGUAUUGAACAGAGGCAGGCGAUGAUGGAGCGAUUCAAUGCAGAUUCGAAGAUAUUUUGCUUUAUUCUGUCUACUCGUUCUGGUGGAGUUGGAGUGAAUUUGACUGGUGCAGACACAGUGAUUUUCUAUGAUUCCGACUGGAAUCCUACGAUGGAUGCUCAGGCGCAGGACAGAUGUCAUCGGAUUGGUCAAACUCGUAAUGUGACAAUUUUCCGCUUGAUCUCGGAAAGAACGAUUGAGGAGAACAUCCUUCGGAAGGCGAAUCAAAAGCGUCGGUUAGGUGAAAUGGCGAUUGACGAUGCUGGAUUCACUCCCGAGUUCUUCAAGCAGUCGGAUAACAUACGCGAUUUAUUCGAUGGUGAUGUAGAGGUAGGCGAUAUUGACAUUGGAGAGCGUCCUAAGAGCCAGAGAGAUGUUGAGAAGGCUAUGGCUGCACUGGAAGACGAACAAGAUGUGAAUGCAGCGAAAAUGGUCCUUGCCGAAACGAAAGCAGAUAUUGCUGAGUUUGAUGAGACACGACAUGUUGGUGCAACUGAGAGUUCACUGGGCGGUUUCUUCAGUUGUUUAGACAGUGAAGACCCUCUUGAUGAGAAAUACAUUGAGUUGAUCAUUGAAGCCGAUUGGCGUUAUAUAGCGGAUGAACUUCCCGAGGCUGAGUAUAAACCUGAAUUUGAAGAGGAAGUCCGAGAGGCAGAGGCGGUAAUCGAGCAGAAGAGGGAAGACUGGGUACGAGCUCACAAUAAAGCCCUGAGCAACGGCGAUGCGAACGAUGGUAUCGAUGAGAAUUCCGUUCGAUUAGAUGAUGACUUUUAUGGAAACGGAAUGCUACUAGAUGAGCAGGCACCGCAACUUAAGUCUUCCUCUCCUCCUAGAAAAACUCUCUCUGGGCGCCGUAUCAUUGCUCCAAACUCAGUUACUACCUCACUUUCUCCUUCUCAUAUCUUGCGCUCUACUUGUGCCCCCACUACAAAGAGAUCUGCUGCUCAGACGGCUGCUCGAUCAGCUGUUCGCAAAGCUACGGCAAGGGUUUCUGCUAGGCGAAAUCAGCAGACAAAAACGGAACCUGGCAAAGCAAGCCCUCCUCCCAGCUCGUCACCAUCGCCAAUCAAUCAUGAAACGAAGAAACGUCGUGGAAGACCGCCGCGUAAGUCCUUGGUUUCCGGAGACACUGCUUCACAGGAGCCCCCUGCUCCAUCAGCGGAAAUGACUCCAAAGCAGGAACCGCCUAAGUCUCCUGUACCAAUUAAACAGGAGGCUGUGAAGCCGAAAUCACCUCCUGCUGUGUUCGCGUUCCAUCACGACUUCUUGGAUGGGAUCAUGCCGAUGUGGACCCCCUUUCCAACACCUCCUCUAUCGGAUACGGACAACGAUAUCUACUUCGAUGAAUGUCUGGAUCUCCUCUACGAUCGCGAUUUCAUGACCGAAGACAAGUUGCCAUCGGAAAUUCAUGAAUUGCCGAAAUGUCUUGAACAAGCCUACCAGCCCACUCCUCCACCUGCACCUCCACCACAUAACACUCAACAAUCGUCGUCAGAUGCAGCAGUAAUGAGUCUUCUGAUCCUUUAUCCCAAUCCGGCCCGACCUCUUAUCACACACCACCACCUGCUUCCUACAGCCCUACACCCUAUUCACCAGCUGAAUUCGAUCAAUGUAGCAGCUGAAAAUCGAGUAUCAAAGAAGGAACGGAGAGCUUUGCCCCGUCAGUUGGAACAGAAGGGUCGAGAGUUAAUGCGACCGGUAACUCCACCUCCAGCUGUUCGAGAAGAGUACGAUUACGAAGGUCCAGAAUGGAAUAUCAUUGAGGAUCAAGCGCUGCUAACGGCUGUUCGUAAUGAAGAGAUCAUGUGUCAUAGUUUCGAAAGGAUGAAAACAUCAUUGCGGUACAAUUGGGAGUACAUUUCUGUCCACUUACGCAAAGGGCGUGUCUCAACCGAUCUACAGUAUGCGCAUGAUGCUGACAAGUUACGAGAAUCGUCUGUAUUAGGUCGCCUACGGCUCAUCGAGUCGUUAACUGAGAAACAGAAUGCGUUUAAAUGUGCGAGGCGGCCAAUUGAACACCGUUCAUUGGAACCGAGCGGCCGGUUACCACCGGCUCAGGAAAGCCGACUUGCUUCUAUGAACAUUAGAUUCCCAACCGGUCUUGCGCCACAGGAAAUUCUGUCGAAUUUGGAAGAGAAGCGAAUCGCUCAAGAAGCCGCGAAGAAGAAAUUAGCAGAACAACAGGCCAACAACGAGAGACCGAAUUCACCUCCUCAUCCAGUUAUCUCUGUAUGCGUACGACCGCCUGCUGUAACCGCUGGGAACGAAAUUGUACAGUCCCGCAUGCCCAUUGUUAUAUCGGUCCCUCAACUCGUGCUGCCGAGUCCUCCUGCUCUUCAGCAAUCCAUGGCACAAGACCUCUCUAUGAAUGUCAUGCCACAGUCGCAUUCGCCGGUUGGUGGAAUGCGUCGCACUGCGUCACAUCCGUCGACCGCUGUCGCAUUGGGCAGUGGUUUACAGCAUGUGCAGGGGUCAGGGGCCAGUACUCAACAUAAUUACGUAGUCGUCAGUCAGGACUCUAUUCCUCCUUCAUCUCGCAUGCAGUUUGUCACCCGGGCAGCCGAUGGUAUGACGAUUGGCCAAAGUGCGCAGCCAGUGUAUCGCUCGAUUUCAAACACUUCGCAAACAAAACGAACCCCUCCGAACACACCAUCGCUAAAUAGGGUACAAGGAAGUUAUAUGACAAACGUUCAAACAGUAUCAGGUAACAGCCAGCUGUUCCAGCCAGGUGCUACCACAGUAAGUGGGGCGCCAAGAGGAAGAGUUAUGCAAAGGCCCGCUGCUCCUCGCAUGUUCGUUCAACAAGCUCCCCAAUCAGGCGAUCGUUCGUAUGUUGUUCCCCAACAGCAAAUUCGAAUGGUUUCCACACAACGUCUACCCCCUCCAAAAAGGACCAUCGGACAGAAGGCACCGAUGACCGCUGUAAUGGUACCGUCACGAGCCGGCCAACCGCAUCAACUUCGUGCUGUUCCGAGAGGCUUCACGCAAGGAACGCGAAUUAUGAAUGUGGUAAUGGCGCCGAGUAGUGUAGCGUCUUCGAGCUCGUCACAAUCGCUUCCUAUCCAGUCAACAAGCCAGCCAGGUGGUGGAACAAUUAUGGCUUCAGCUCCG